GGACCGCAGUGAUUACGCGCCUUGGCUCGGUAGCCACGGAAUCUGCCCUGGCGUCAGAUCAGCUAACAGUGCGCCGGGUCGCUGUUUUGCGCGCAGCCCGUCGUCCCAUCAAACGUUAAAUACCGGAGGUGGCCUUUGGUCAAGAACGGUGCAUCGCCUCCAUUGGAUGUGUCGUACUUGUAGGAUAUGCUUAUGCUUUCCACAUGCUUUAUGCUUUACGCUUUACACUCGUUGACCCUGAGACAAUGCCUUUGAGCGGGACUAGCUUUUGACUUGUUGUGAACAUAAUUUACGAGAACAACACCCUUUUUGCAAACAGCAUCGCCUUCAUACCUCGCCACUGAUCGUGCCAUCGCGGCUUUUCACCCUCUGCGACAGUCCGAGCUUUUCAACGACAGCACUACCAGCUCCAGCACAAUGUGUACACGCAGCAUCAUCGAAUAUCGGUGCAAGCACCAAGUCUCCCGAGGCAAUACACGAUGCUAUCGCGAGGACUGCACGGGCCCGAAAGAAGAGAUCGCAUAUGACACCGAGGACUGCCCCCAAUGCGAAGGCAACAGCCGAGUCCACUCUGCUCGAUGGUGCCCCAUGGGCUGCGCAUGCAAAUGCGUCGUCAUGUAGAGGCCAUCGCCACAGACGGAGCAAGAGACAUAACGUACCCUAUUUAAGCCGCUGAGCGUUGUUUGCGAGCAGUCGAUAUCCGGAGCAGCCUCAACACGGCGAACUCGGAUAUGCAAAGCGACGCGUGUACCUACCCCAACCACACCAGCGGAUUGAUCAAUUCAUUUACCACCGGCAAUUUUUCCAUCAUGCCAAAAACAACCCUCACCCUCAAAAAGCGACAUCGGCGCUGUCCGCGCGAAUUCCUCAUCAUUCCAUCGCUUUGGAUAUACCAUAUGCCGAAUCUUUCGUGGAUUACUCGAGACGUUGGAUUGGAAAGACAGACAGUGGUGCUAUAGAUGCGCGAACGAUGGAAUGACGAUAUGACAAUGAAAAGCGAAAGUCUGGCUGCAUAUAUAGAAGGGAGUUGGAGGGGACGAUGGCAGCACUGGAGAAGAGCGUUCUUUUUUUUCUUUCACAUCAUGAUACCUCCAUUAGUUAUGAGAGCUGGCGCACACAAUAUAUUUCGCUACAUG